AGUACGCCAUGGAGAACGCUCACACCAAGAGUGUGGAGGAAGUUUACAGUUAUUUCUGCGUCAAUGAGAGCACAGGACUCUCCCUGGACGAAGUGAAACGACAGCGAGAGAAAUGGGGCCCGAACGAAUUACCAGCAGAAGAAGGGAAAUCUUUAUGGGAGCUUGUCCUUGAACAGUUUGAAGACUUACUCGUCCGAAUUCUUCUGCUGGCUGCCUGUAUUUCUUUUGUCCUGGCCUGGUUUGAGGAGGGGGAAGAAACUAUUACUGCCUUUGUGGAACCAUUUGUAAUUUUACUCAUUCUCAUUGCCAAUGCCAUCGUUGGGGUGUGGCAGGAACGUAAUGCGGAAGAUGCAAUUGAGGCGCUGAAGGAGUAUGAGCCUGAGAUGGGAAAAGUGUACCGGCAGGACAGAAAGACAGUCCAGAGGAUCAAGGCCAGAGACAUUGUUCCUGGAGAUAUUGUGGAAGUUGCUGUUGGAGACAAAGUGCCUGCUGAUAUCCGUAUAAGUUCAAUCAAAUCAACAACAUUGAGAGUGGACCAGUCCAUUCUAACUGGAGAGUCUGUUUCUGUCAUCAAACAUACAGACCCCGUGCCUGACCCACGUGCUGUCAAUCAAGACAAGAAGAACAUGUUAUUCUCUGGUACCAACAUUGCUGCCGGGAAGGCCGUGGGUGUGGUGGUGGCCUCGGGUGUUAAUACAGAGAUUGGUAAGAUCCGUGACGAGAUGGCAGCUACUGAGCAGGAGAAGACACCCCUGCAACAGAAGCUGGAUGAGUUUGGUGAACAGCUUUCCAAGGUCAUUUCCCUCAUCUGCAUUGCGGUGUGGAUUAUCAACAUCGGCCAUUUCAAUGACCCUGUGCACGGAGGCUCUUGGAUCCGCGGAGCUGUCUACUACUUCAAGAUUGCGGUGGCGCUAGCCGUGGCCGCCAUCCCCGAAGGUUUGCCUGCUGUCAUUACCACGUGUUUGGCUCUGGGCACCCGCCGCAUGGCCAAGAAGAACGCCAUCGUCCGCAGCUUGCCAUCUGUGGAAACUCUGGGCUGCACCUCUGUCAUUUGUUCUGACAAGACAGGAACUCUGACUACCAAUCAGAUGUCUGUCUGCAGAAUGUUCGUUAUCGACAAAGCCGAAGGUGAGAGCUGCUCUCUGUCUGAGUUUACCAUCACAGGCUCUACUUAUGCACCAGAAGGGGAAGUAUACCAGGAAGGUAAACAAGUGAAAUCCUCUCAGUAUGAUGCUCUGGUGGAACUGGCCACCAUCUGUGCCCUGUGUAAUGACUCGUCGCUGGACUUCAAUGAGGUGAAAGGCGUGUAUGAAAAGGUCGGCGAAGCGACAGAGACUGCAUUGACCUGUCUGGUUGAAAAGAUGAACGUCUUUGACACCCAAAUCCACAACCUGUCCAAGAUUGACAGGGCUAAUGCCUGUAACUCAGUGAUCAAACAACUGAUGAAGAAAGAGUGCACUCUGGAGUUCUCUAGAGACAGGAAGUCCAUGUCUGUUUACUGCACCCCCAAUAAGUCCCGUUCUUCCUUGGGAAAAAUGUUUGUUAAGGGAGCACCAGAGGGCGUUAUCGAGAGAUGCACCCAUGUCAGAGUGGGUAAUAGCAAGGUUCCGUUAAACAAAGCCAUCAAAGAAAAGAUUAUGUCUGUGAUUCGUGAAUACGGGACCGGUCGGGACACGCUGAGAUGUCUGGCUUUGGCCACACGAGACAGCCCGCCCAAGAUGGACGACAUGAUUUUGUCCGAGCCCUCCAAAUUCUCUGAAUAUGAGUCGGACCUGACCUUUGUGGGCUGCGUCGGCAUGCUGGACCCUCCAAGAGAAGAGGUGGCGGCGUCCAUCAAGCUGUGCCGCCAGGCUGGCAUCCGCGUCAUCAUGAUCACUGGGGACAACAAGGGCACAGCCGUGGCUAUCUGCCGCCGGAUUGGUAUCUUCUCAGAGGAUGAAGACGUGGAGCAGAUGGCCUUCACCGGACGAGAGUUUGACGACCUGGAGCCCAAUAAACAGCGUGAGGCCGUCACCCACGCGCGCUGCUUUGCACGCGUGGAGCCUUCGCACAAGUCCAAGAUUGUCGAGUUCCUGCAAGGAUUUGGUGAGAUCACAGCUAUGACUGGAGAUGGUGUGAACGAUGCUCCUGCCUUAAAGAAGGCGGAGAUAGGCAUCUCCAUGGGCUCUGGCACUGCCGUGGCCAAGUCAGCCUCUGAGAUGGUCCUAGCCGAUGACAACUUCUCUUCUAUUGUGGCUGCUGUUGAGGAAGGCCGCGCCAUCUACAACAACAUGAAGCAGUUCAUCAGAUACUUGAUAUCCUCCAAUGUAGGAGAGGUCGUCUGUAUCUUCCUUACUGCAGCACUGGGCUUUCCCGAGGCACUAAUCCCAGUUCAGUUGCUGUGGGUCAACCUGGUGACCGACGGUCUCCCCGCGACCGCCCUCGGCUUCAACCCUCCGGACCUCGACAUCAUGGAGAAGCUUCCCCGCAAUGCUAAAGAGCCGCUCAUUUCUGGAUGGCUCUUCUUCCGAUAUCUGGCCAUUGGCGGCUACGUUGGCGCCGCCACGGUGGGAGCCGCGGCUUGGUGGUUCACGCUCUCGGAAGAUGGACCUCAGGUCACGCUGUAUCAGCUGAGUCACUUCCUCCAGUGCACCCCAGACAACCCGGACUUUGACAACCUGGACUGCGAGGUGUUUGAGUCGCCCUACCCCAUGACCAUGGCACUCUCUGUCCUUGUCACCAUCGAGAUGUGCAACGCUCUCAAUAGUCUGUCAGAGAACCAGUCCCUGCUGCGGAUGCCCCCUUGGGAAAACAUUUGGCUGCUGGGUGCUAUCUGCCUCUCCAUGUCUCUGCACUUCCUAAUCCUUUAUGUGGAACCUCUGCCAGUCAUCUUCCAGAUCACCCCUCUGGAUGCCACCCAGUGGUUGAUGGUGCUGAAGAUCUCUGUGCCAGUUAUUCUGCUGGACGAGCUGCUGAAGUUUACAGCCAGGCAUCACUUGGACUUGGGUAAACAGUUGGAGAAACCGGUGGCGGGUCACAAAGGGCGACGCGCUCUCUCCGCAUGGGCCGAGGGCAUCUCGUGGCCCUUUGUGGCCAUCUCGCUGCCUCUGGUGCUGUGGAUCUACAGCACUGACACUAACGUGGCUGCCGUGUUGUGGCCCUGACUGACCUCCCGGGCACCGCUGUGAAGUGGACAUUAACGUGCACAUAUCUAACAAAGAAACAUUAACUUCCAGUCUACACUUGCUCCUGGUCUGAUAAAAAGACCCAUCUUUGAUGUUUAGGACAUUUUUAGCAAUGCAUUUCUGUGGUGGGGUGGGGUGGGGUAGGGGGGGGGCUGCAAUCACAGUUCCGUAACCCAGGUUUUUAUAUGUAUUAUUACUACACUGGUCAACAGCAAACUUUAAUCAAAGAUGGGUUUUAUCAAAACAUAUCUUUGAGGCUGAUUUCAAAAAUCUCUUUUCUUCUAGCACAUCAUCUUUUUGACAUCAUUCCAUUGUUUUGUUUUUAGGUUUGACUUAUACAGAUUUUAACAUGUAUUGUAAUUGGAAUAGCUAAGCUGUUUCAGGAAAAAAAAAUCCAACUGUUGCCGAGCCUAACUCAAUUCAUAGCUAUACUAGAGUGGCUUUGGUAUUGGGACACAAUUGUGAAGUGGAAUGAAAUUCGUAUGACAUUUUAAAGUUCUUCUUCAACAAGUUCAAUUUUGGUCUAAUCUGACCAGACCAGUCGUUUCUUCCAGGCCUAGCUUUGCAAACUGCAAGUGCAACUUUUUCAGGGUGUCUUUCAAAAAUGGCUUUUCUCUUGCCACACUUCCAUAAAGGAUAGCUGUGUGCAGUCCAAGUAAAUGUUUUCCUAUGGACAGAGUCCUCCACUCAAGUCCUGCACGUCACCCAGAGGGUUGAUGGGGUCCAUUUUGGUGGCAUCGCUGAUCUGUGCUCUCCUUCUAUAAACUGAAGGAAAAGGGACGACGGCCCGGUGUGAGUUAAGUUUGAGGCAGUCUCUCUAUUCAAUACAAUUGAUCAAACAGUCCACCGGCAGAUGUUUAAAUCUUGUGAACACUUUUCAUAUCUUAAUCCUGCUUUGAACCUCGCCACAACUUUACCCCGGACCUGCAUCGUGGGUUCCUUGAGCUUCAUGGUGCUGUUUGCUUCCAUAUGUUCUUUUAACAGCCUUCCGGGUCCAUCACAGAUCACGUUUAUCUAUGGUGAGACAAGAUUACACAUAGGUGAACUAUUAAUGUAUAAUCAUCAGUCAUAUGUAUAUGUCAACAGUGGAUCGUUCCGAAAUCAUUAGAGAACUUCUGAAGUCAGUUGACUGCGCUGACAGUAAAGGAUGUUGAAUGCUCCAAUUAACAGUUUUUUCCCCCCCAUCCAUUUUCGGAAAUGUUUUUGUCCUCAUGAGGGUUGAGGGCGUGCUGGAGCGUAGCCCGUCUAACUUCGGGCAGUCGGCGGGGCAACCGGUUGCCAGCCAAUCGCAAGGCACACAGACACAAACAACCAUCCGCACUCAUACCAAGAGGCAAUUUGGAGUGCUCAAUUGGCUUUUGGGAAGUGGGAGGAAAACCCAAGCAGGCAUUUGGAGAACAUGCAAACUCCACACAAGGAGGGCCGGAAGUGUAACCAAACCCGCACCUUCUGAACUGUGAGAUGAAUGUGCUAACCAGUGUGCCGCCGGUUUUUGGUUGUAAGAAAAAAAACUAAAGUUUGAAAUACUGUGAUUUAAUUUUUUCCCACUUCAUGAGUGCAUCACACUUGGUGUUGAUUAUUCACCCAUCUUUUUCUUUCUUUUUUUUUUUAACUUUUUCAGUUUUUAUAGGUUUUGUUUGAAGCCUGAUGUGUCAAAAAGUUCAGUUAAUAUUUUGUCUUUUAUAUCUGCAACUGGCUGGCAACCAGUUCAGGGUGUCCCCCACCUACUGCCCAAAGUCAGCUGGGAUGGGCUCCAGCAUGCCCGCAACCCUGGUGAGGAUGAAGUGGUUCAGAGAAUGGAUAGAUGUCUUCUAUAUUUUUUUCUUUUAAAAAUCUGUGCUAGAGGAGAAAAAACAAGUAUUAGACUAGGAUUCAGCACAAAAAACAAUCUAGCAAAGUUUACUAGCAUCUCUGAUUAAAAAAAAAAAGUUGACCAGUGUUAUGAUUCUGCAUGUGUUUUGAUCUAAAGAGAGAAUUUACAACUUUUAUAAACAUGGGUCAUUUGUCUUUUUGGGUCUCCGGGGACAAGAAGAAUGCUAAUUUAGGACUUAGGUGUCUGCGUUUCUUAUUUUCUGCAUUAGGCAAAGCACAGCUACCUCACCGCUGUUCUAGAACCUUUACAACUCAUAUUUGUCUCCACGACCAACACAUGGUUUGAAGCACCCAAAGCCUUCAUACACACUUUCUUUUCAUUUUAGUGAAGUGAUGACUUUCUGUUUAUUUCAUUUGUUGAUUAUUUUGAAAUAUAUAUAUAUAUAUGUAAAAUGUGCACAUACUGUACUUGAAAACACUGUAUAUGUUGCAUCACAUGAACAGCUUGGUUUUCACCUGUGGGCCCGAUGUGUGUACUGUAUAUGUACAUAGCAUACAAAGUAGAACCUCUAGAUUUUAUUGUUGCUGUUCAAAUAUUUGACGCGAGUGCUUUUUGCCACCGAGUGCCGUUCAGCUUGUCUUUCAAGGCCUUCUGUGCGUUUCGAUGCAGCGUGAUUACACUUUGAUCUGCAUGCCAGUCAGCACUUACCAAUUUUUUGCUCUUUGUGCUUAUACAACAGCUUCUCAAGAUUUGAUGAAUAAGCUUUUCAAACCAUGGUAUCAACACUACUUGAGUUGAAUCAGGCAGUGAGCAUGCGGGGUUACUUCAAAUUGCCUCUUGGUUGCAAAUUGCAGUGGCUGUUCAGAUGGUUGACAUUUUAAACUGGCACAGAAUGUAUUUGUUGGAAAGUGGGCAGACUUGACAGUCUCUCCCACCCCAUAACAAAUGGCGUGUUAUUCUGCUUUCUAACUUUCACUCAAAGUAAUCCUUAACAGUGCAGCUCGUCUUGUAUGCUGUAAUGUACAUUCAAAUACGUUUGACACACUGGAAUGGAAAGUGGAUACAUUUGACUAAGCAGUAUAUGAUUUUAAUGGUUCUCCUCCCUCUCUUUUCUUUUCCCAGCGAAGGCCGUAUAGGCUCAACCCGUCUCCAAAUUCCUCGCCUUUGUUUAGUGUUGUGCAUGUGUUUUGGACAGCACACUUAAAGUUGAAGAGCUGCAUGUCCAGAAAAGUUAAGAGAAGACAACGCAGCUUGUUCGUUUGUUUCGACAGAAUGGCCAUCAAUCCAAUUCCUCAUCGCUCCUUCCACCCUUGUGCAUGAAGAGCCGAGAAUGACAACAGCUCUCAUUCAUGCCAGGCUUUAUCUGAAGAUCUUAGUACUGUUGUGUACGUUCAGUUGCAUAAUAUUCCUUGGUGCAUGUCCGCUACAGCUGCUGACUUGUGUAAUAGAUUGUCAAGAACUGCUUAAAGGUUACUUACCCGAUACAAGUGUUAGAUAAGCUCAAAAACAGUUGAUUUUUUUUCCUAAGGAAAUGCUUUUAUGGGAUGAUUACAAAUCAAAGCUAUUUGGAGCGGAUGUAGUGAUGUACAACAGGAGCAUCGGCAAGUCAGUCAUUUUGCUUCUGUACCGGUUUUUGUCAAAUUGUUCAAUUUGUCACAUGACCUUUGGAUUCAGGUAAAUAAAAAUAGAUUUAAUGAAUGCUCUAA